AUGGUGCCUUCCCCUCCUGUGCCUUCUACAGCUCCCACUCCUCUCGACCCUACGGUCCCCGAGAUAUUUCCCCCAGAAGAAGAAAAGUCGCUUCUCGAAGAAUCAAAUACAGAAAAGGCAAAUGCAAAUAAAGGUUUCGCAUCCGGCGACUACAACUCGGCGAUCCAAGGCUAUGAAAAAGCCCUCGCCGUCUGCCCCACCUACCUCGAAUACGAUAUCGCCGUCCUCCGCUCCAACAUCGCCGCAUGCCACCUCAAGCUCGAAGAGUGGAAGCAAGCUGUAGAAUCCGCGACGCACGCGCUCGACGCGCUGGAUACUCUCGACCCACCUGUAAGCACAUCGGGUAAGGAUGAUAGUGGGGUCAAUGGUGGAGAGGGCAAAGUCGAGGAAAUCGACGACGCGACAGAAGUCCGCAUCGCGGCGCUCGCACGGACGGGAAGGUCCAUAAACGACGUUCACAAGCUUCGCACCAAGGCUUUGCUUCGGCGCGCGAAGGCAAGACAGCAAGUAGGUGGGUGGUCAUCGUUACAGGGCGCACUGGAGGACUACCAAGUGUUGUCGAAGCCUCCCCAUCAGCUUUCAAGCCUGGAUCAGAGAGCGAUGCAGGCAGCGCUGAGAGAGUUACCGCCGAAGCUGGACGAGGCGAAGAAUACAGAGCUAGCGGACAUGAUGGGGAAGCUGAAGCAGUUGGGGAACGGGAUAUUGAAGCCUUUUGGAAUGAGUACGGAUAAUUUUCAGUUCACGAAGGAUGAGGCGACUGGCGGUUACAGUAUGAAUUUCAAUCAGGGUGGAAAGUAG